AUGUCACUAUUAUCAGAUGGGGCAGGAGAGACGUGGAUCUCAUCAUACUGCUCAUUGAUGGGCCAUGAAUACUUUGCAGAAGUCUCAGAAGAGUUCAUUGAAGACGACUUCAACCUGACUGGAUUGGGGUCCCAGGUGCCGUUGUAUAAAGAGGCACUAGAACUCAUUUUGGAUGUGGAGCCUGAUUCAGAAGACGAAGAUGAUGAAGAAGAGGAGGACGAGUAUGAGGAAGAUGAAGAUAUCGUGUUAGGCGACGAAAGAUCUCCAGACUAUAAAAAGGCUGAUAGAAAACACAGUCGUGUUGCUAGCGAUUUAAGUGUGAUCGAGAGCUCUGGAGAACUGUUAUAUGGGCUAAUCCAUCAACGCUACAUAACGUCCCGGCAAGGCAUGCAACAAAUGCUAGAAAAAUAUCAGCUGCAGCAUUUUGGAUCCUGUCCUCGAGUCCUAUGUGGUGGAUGCAAGGUGUUACCUGUCGGCCGCUCAGAUAUCCCUGGGGUAGACACAGUAAAACUAUACUGCCCUAGCUGUCAAGACAUCUACACCCCUCCAAACAGCAGGUUCCAGUCCGUUGAUGGGGCCUUUUUCGGGACAACUUUUGGUUGUCUAUUCUUUAUGACCUUCCCAGAGCUCGAUGUUGCAUCAAAGACAGACUCCGCUACCAAUGCACUAGCUGGGUCCAACGCACGACGUACCUCCUUAAACACGCCAUCAUCAGCCAACCCUUCACAACCAGCUCCAAAUCAACCAACCCAACUUAAUGGCUUUAUGGUAGCCAACCUUGCGCCAGGCUUGGGCCACGGUAAAAUAUACGAACCGCGCAUAUACGGCUUCAAAGUAGCAGAACGCGCCAGGUCUGGGCCACGGAUGAAAUGGCUUCGAAUGAAACCACAAGACAUUAAUGAGCUGGAUGAAACGGGAAUAUACCAUUCUGGUCGACCAGAUAACGGCCUUGGCGGUGACGAGGACGAGGAGGACCAGGGUGACAGAGAUGCAGCCCUGACAGUCAUUAAUCAACGCAAGAAGGCCCCCAUCCGUCGACGGAGGGUAGCUGCGCCGCACAGUACGGAUCCUAUGGACACGAAUGGGGAUAAGGCGGGCAAAUAG